CUUCAAGAAAGCUCCGACGUCACUCUGCUAUUUCCCGCGCCUUUCCAUUUUCUCGACGUUUCUUCGCCGACCACGAACAAUGGCGACGAUUGGAACUCUCCAGCGCAUCAGUGCUGCCAAACUCUCCGCGCUGCUGUUAGCAGAACAGGCUGCAGGCACUUCGUCUGUGGCCGUCGUGGACGUUCGCGACGAUGACUACCUCGGCGGUCAUAUAAAAGGCUGCAUAAACAUGCCCUCCAGAAGUCUCGAUGCCACAAUGCCCACCCUCAUGCGCCGCCUCGAAGGCAAGAAGACGGUCGUUUUUCACUGCGCUCUGUCGCAGCAACGCGGACCCAGUGCUGCCCUUCGAUAUCUCCGAGAGCGCGAUCAGAGUCUCGCCUCUUCUACUACUACUACUACUACUACUGACUCGGCGGAGGACUCGGCAUCUGCGGAGCCCCAGACAGUAUAUGUUCUCGAUCGCGGAUUCGUCGGCUGGCAGGAAAAGUACGGCGAGGACGAACGAUUGACUGAGGGAUAUAGCAAGGAACUCUGGAAAGAUGGCUACUGGAUGUAAGCUUCUACAACCUAGACUUGAUGCUUUCGAGUCACUGCGCUUCUAGCCAAAAUAUCGUCAUGCCCGAUGGCCCAAUGGGUACUUGCUCGGCCUUUCGAGUGCGACUCCAUUUCCAAUGGCUCCAGUCGCAAUGCCGUGUUACAGUUG